AUGCUUGAACACUGCAACAUCCCGACUCCGCCAUUCGCCAUUGUUCGAAAUGAGGAAAUGGCAUUAGAUCCAGCCCCAGGACAAAAGGCGAUCGAGCUAUCACCCCAUGCCACAGCGUUGUCGUCCUAUCCACUGUUCGUCAAGCCCAAUGCCGAAGGGGACUCGAAAGGCGUUGUCCCUGCUAGUAAAGUCAGCAACCAGGACGAACUGGAGAGCGCAAUCAGAGUCUUGCGGGAGAAGUUUCCGCAGCAGGAUAUCCUCAUUGAGACCUUUUUGCCGGGACAAGAGUUUAGUGUUGGAAUCCUAGGGACUGGGCGCGAAGCAAGGGUGAUUGGACUGGCAAGUUACAACUUUCGACCACUUAACGACCAAAAUUCACCUCGACAAAUUGACUUUCACCUGCAGGGGAAAGACAACCUUGAAAGCGGAGCCGUGGAACAAGUUGUCAUGCAUAUGGAUCAUCCAGGGGUCAGGGAAGUCGGCGAGAUGGGCAUACGAGCAUGGAAUGUCUUGGGUUGCCGAGACGGUGGCCGGGUCGACAUCAGGCUCGAUGCAGAAUCCAAACCCCAGGUAUUGGAGGUAAGAGCAACAGCGCGCGCAUUACUAUACAAGACUCACAGUAACAUGGCUAUUUUACAGGUCAAUCCAAUUCCUGGCUUGUCGAUGAGCUCCUCGAUAUAUCCUGCAAUCGCUCGAGGAAAUGGGAUUCCCUUCCCCCAACUCCUGGAAAGCAUAGUGAACAGCGCAUUAAAGAGAAAAGAGAACACUGUGCAUGCCAAUCACUAG